UCCAGAGACCCACUUCGCUCUUGCUCUGUAGCUCCAUCAAAUCAGUAAAAACAAGUUGAACUCCCACAACUCACCGUCGCCGAAAACCGCAGCCGGAGUUACUCUUCUUACGAUUCAAUUCCCGCAGAAACUCCAUUCCACUUGUUGAAUUUUUUGUCAUGAUGAAAUUAAGUAAAGGGAAAAAAGAGAAACGAAUAGGGGAAAAGAAGAAAAGAAGAAACAUUGAACAAAAUGUUGAUGAUGUUGAGACAUAUGUUACAGUGAACAAUGAUGUGGGUGAUGGACUUAAGGUUAAGAAAGGAAAAAAGAUGAAAGUUUCAACUGGUAGAAGAAAGAAGAACAAAGACAAAAAUGUCGUUGGGGAAGAAAGACCGGGAGAUGAAGAAGUUGAUUUAGAAGAGCAAAGUGUGGUUCUUGAAAUGCAGGCUAAAAAGGGAGAAAAGGUGAAAGUUACUACCAGUCGAAAAAGGAAAAACAAAGACAGAAACCUAGUUGGAAGACAAAAACUGGAAGAUGAAGAAGUGGAUAUAGAGAAGGAAAAUGUAGUUCGUGAAGUGAAGGUUAUAAAGGGAGAAAAAGUGAAAGUUACUACGAGCCGAAAAAGGAAAAACAAAGACAAAAGCCUAGUUGAAAGACAAAGACCGGAAGAUGAAGAAGUGGAGUUAGAAAAGCAAAAUGGUGGAGUCGUGGAACAUUGUGAUGCUAAACAAGAGGAAGUCAAUGACUCGAAGGAGCAUAAAGAUUCUAAUACUGGAGCAUUUAUCAAACCUUGUAAGUCAAAGGAAUCUAAGAAGAAACGAAGAAAGGAGGUUCCAAAAUCACCAGAAAAGAAAGAACAAGAUCAUCAGGAGGAAAUUCAUAUUAUAUCCUCUGGAGAUGACGACUGCUCAAAUGGAAUGAAAAAAUGGAUCAUGGAAUACCAUCAAAGUAGACCAGGAUUGGAGGUUUUGCAAAAUCAAAUUGACGACUUUAUAACUGAUUACGAGGAGAAAUUGGAAGAGGAAAAGAAAGCAAAAGAAGCCCUUGCUGCAGAAGGGGGAUGGACGGUGGUUGUACAACGCAAGGGUAGAAAGAAAACUACUGACUCUGAAAGUGGGAUUGCUGUGGGCUCGGUUGCUCAAGCUGCUGUGGAGGAUAAAUUGGCCAAAAAGAAAAAUAAAGAAGUUGGUCUAGAUUUCUACCGCUUUCAGAAAAGAGAAGCUCAGAGAAAUGAGCUAAUGUUAUUGCAGCAGAAAUUUGAGGAAGACAAAAAACGUCUGCAACAGUUGAGAGCUGUCAGGAAAUUCAGACCUUACUAAAUGGUGUUUAUGGCAGCCAAGGUCAACGGUUCUGUUUAUUGGGGUUGAGGAUUAUAUUUAUGAAAUCCGGACGGUGAACUAUCCUGUAGCCCUGAAAAUUGUUCAUUUACCAUUCCAAUUUUGCCAAAAAUGUGUAAUUGUAAGGUAGUAGUUAUUUUAAAUUGAGUUAUAUUAUUUUGCCGUGAAGACCAUACUGCGCAUCGCAUAAGGUUGUUUCUUACUCAGAUAUCACCAAUUUAGGUGGUUAUUGUACACCAUGAAUGUUUGAACUUAAUUGUUUUAUGCACUCUUGGCAUGGAAAUCUCUCUCUGAUGGAUUUGGAUCCUCAGCAGUUGUUUUUUCUCUGGUGCACUCUGUUCAUCAUAAAUUUGAACUCUUAGAUUAUAUUCGAUGCUUAUCUAUGUUCGUGAUCAUUUUAUUACCUAUCAACCAUUGGAUUUGAAGCAACAUCUAGAUCUAAGAUAAAAGUCCAUUUUCAACCUAAUUAGUCAAAAUAAUAUGAAAGUAAUGGGUAUAAACCUUAUCCAUUUCUGAAUACUAGUAAAGGUCUUAUCUUAAACUAAACUUUUUUGGACUAAAUCAAAGGCAUAGUUCAUAGUAGUUUAGUUAUGGAUUAGAAGUAGGAAAAGGGUCAUUUUCUUUAGGUCUAAGUGAGAAUUAGAAGAAAAAAUAUAUUACUAAAAAAAUACUAGAAACUUGACGUA